GGCGAGAUCCGGCGCGGGGCGGUGCAUGCGAGGGGCGGGGCGCGAGGCCGGCGGUCGCGGUGUGAGGUGUCCGCUCGCCAGCCCGCUCGCCGCCGCCAUGGCUCUCCUCCACACCCGCCGGUUCCUCGCCGCCCCACGCUUCGCCGCCGCAGCAGCCCGCGCCAGCUCAUGGUGGUCCCAUGUGGAGAUGGGUCCCCCCGAUCCCAUCCUGGGGGUGACAGAAGCUUUCAAGCGCGACACCAACUCCAAGAAGAUGAACCUGGGUGUGGGGGCAUACCGGGAUGACAACGGGAAGCCGUACGUCCUGAACUGCGUUCGCAAGGCGGAGGCCAUGAUAGCAUCCAAGAAGAUGGACAAGGAGUACUUGCCCAUUGGGGGGCUGGCGGAUUUCACCCGGGCAUCCGCGGAACUGGCUCUGGGUGAAAACAGCGAGGCUUUCAAGAGCGGCCGGUACGUCACUGUGCAGGGUAUUUCUGGGACUGGAUCUCUACGAAUCGGAGCCAACUUUUUGCAACGGUUCUUCAAGUCUAGCCGUGAUGUGUAUCUACCCAAACCAUCCUGGGGCAAUCACACCCCCAUUUUCCGUGAUGCUGGCCUGCAACUUCAAGCUUACCGCUACUACGACCCCAAGACGUGCAGCCUUGACUUCUCUGGAGCCAUGGAUGACAUUUCCAAAAUUCCAGAGAAGAGCAUCAUCCUCUUGCAUGCUUGUGCUCACAACCCCACUGGGGUGGAUCCCCGGCAGGAGCAAUGGAAGGAGAUGGCAGCUAUGGUGAAGAAACGAAACCUCCUCGUGUACUUUGACAUGGCCUACCAGGGCUUUGCCAGCGGGGACAUCAACCGGGAUGCCUGGGCUGUGCGGUAUUUCAUCGAGCAGGGCAUCAACGUCAUCCUGUCACAGUCCUACGCCAAGAACAUGGGGCUGUACGGAGAGCGUGCGGGUGCCUUCACGGUCAUCUGCAGUGACGCAGAAGAAGCCAAGAGGGUUGAAUCGCAGCUGAAGAUCCUCAUCCGCCCCAUGUACUCCAACCCACCCCUGAACGGAGCCCGCAUUGCCUCUAUGAUCCUCAACACCCCUGACCUUCGGAAGGAGUGGCUCGUGGAGGUAAAGGGCAUGGCUGACCGGAUCAUCAGCAUGCGGACUCAGCUGGUGUCCAACCUCAAGAAAGAGGGAUCUUCCCACAACUGGCAGCACAUCACUGACCAGAUCGGCAUGUUCUGCUUCACGGGGCUGAAGCCUGAGCAGGUGGAGCGGCUGACCAAGGAGUUCUCCAUCUAUAUGACAAAGGACGGACGAAUCUCUGUGGCAGGAGUUACGUCGGGCAAUGUAGGUUACCUGGCUCAUGCCAUCCAUCAAGUCACAAAGUAAAGACAAAGGUGUGCCCUGGAGCCGGUGGCCUUCCCUUCCCCACCAGUCGAAGAUGGGGAGGGAAAGGAAACAAGCAGAAUAUUUCCAACCACAGCACUUGACGCCGCUGCUGAAUGUAUCUUGUAGAUGAGUUGUUGUAGAAGCCUAGUCAAAAACCACCCUGUGUUGUGGAGCAGGGACAUGGUUGUUGGCUCCCGCUCGUCACAGCCCUUCUCCCCUGGUGUCCAUCCUUUCUCCGUCAGCCCCAGCACCCGUCUGCACGGGAGGAAGCAAAUGCUUAGCACUGCCAUCCUGCGGCGUAGGCACCAAAGGCUUCCCCAGGCUCGUUUCUCCAGGAGAAGGCUUUGUGAGGCUGCCGGGAGCUGGGUGGGCUGAGCAGGAGGGCUGCCCUGGUGCAUCCCUGCCACCUCCUCAGCUGGUCCCUGCUGCCAGUGGGCUCCGUCCUCCUUCCUGCUCCCAGCCCGGGGCUGGGCAGCGCCACCGCUGCCCUCUGAGGACUUCUCACUACUAAAAUCUGCUCCGUCGUUGGCUUUGCUCUUCCCAUCUGGGAAUCUUCUUUCCGGUGUGAUUCACAGUGGCAUUGGUGUGUGGGGCAGACCCAUGUCCCUCCUCAAAACCUGCCUGGUUCUCCUGACUUCACUCCUGUGCCCCAAGGUGAAACAAUUUCUCACUCUCCCCAAUAAGAACCUCCUCUGAAAACCGCUCUCUGUUGGUCUCUGCCUCUCCCCGUCCCUGUUCCAAGCCCAGCAGCCCUCCCUGCAAAGCAGAGUCUGUGUGCAUGUCCCUAAGCCGUGUCCACCCUCACAUGGGGGUGCAGGGUGUCCCUCUCAUCCACUCUGUUCAGCCAAAUUUCUGGCAACACCAAAAAACAGGAGGGAAAGAUCCUGAGGGAAGUUGGAGAGCUGAUGCCUCAAAAACCAUUCUGUCCUUUUAAAGUGGGUGUCUCUAAGGCCCUGUGACUCAUCCGAGACUGAUUUUUAAUCCAAAUAAACUGGCGCAUGGCUGUGUGGAGCUGGGGACUUCCUCCUGUCAUCGCACAGCUGCAUCCUGUCCCUUCCGUGCACCAGAUAUUCCCUGUCGGGGAUGUGCCAGCUCAGGGGUUCUUAUCUGGCCAGCGAAACCCCAAUCUCCCGUGAAUCUCAGAGAGAGAGAGGGCAGUUCCCACCCGGGUGCCCCAGGAGCACUGGGGCUGUGGGCUGGGGCUGCCCUGCGUGGGAGUCGGUGCCAGGGAGCUGAAAUUGAAGCCCCCGGGGUCGAAUGUAGGUGUUGCUGGGGACAGCAUGAGUUCCCAAAGGCCGCCCUGUGACCGGCCACUGAAACAUGAGUUUCUUCUUGCAGCAAGCAAACCUCUCCCUGUGCAGACCUGGAGGGGUUUCCUCUGAGUCUGCAUGAGCUUUCUCUAUCCACUGGCGCCUUUCCCCUUUGCAGCCGUACCAGGACAGUUAGCAGAGUAGUCCUCAUUUCUCAUUCCUGCCCAGAGCUGGGACGGGCCUGUCCAACACGUUGUCACCACGCUUGCCGGCAGAGGAGCUGCGUGUGCAGGCUGAGGAGGGCAGACGGUUCGCGCUUUUUAACGGUGGCGAUUGUUUACAUGGCCCGAUGCCUGCAACCGCCGCUUGCUCCAGUUUGUGCAAUAAACCGCUUUCCGUGCCGCCGCCGUGGGUGCUGCCCCGUGGCGCUGCGGGUUCUCGUGCUGUGGUCCCCGUAGGCUCCGGAGCUGCCUCUCCUUGCUGCAGAGAGCCCUUUUACCUUGCGUUAGGCCUUUUUGCUGCCCGUUCUGUUACAAUAAAAGUAGAGCUGGAGCACA